AUGGAGACUAGAUCUCGUCUGAGGCCGAGGAAAGAAUCGUCGACGGAGAAACUCGUUCCUGCAAAAAGGACGAGGCUUGUCACGGCAGGUCGCGGGCGAGGGCGUAAGCGUGCAAAGGGGCACAGAGAACCAACUGCACAAGCUGAGAUCGAGGUGCACCAUGAAGAUUCCCCCCAGGCUCACUUCUCUCCCCACAAAUCAGCCUAUUCACGCCGCGGUGCCCCUUCCUACCGAGUUCCUCGUCGCUCAAAUCUUGGGGAUGCAGCUGAAGUAUCAAGCCUGCUGAGCGUCUACCAAGUGCAAGAAGGGCAUGAUAGCGAGGAUGACGGUAGUUCACCAAUUCGUCCGAACCCUGAUGAAAUCAGGAAGACCCAGAAUAGGGCCAUUCUCCGUGUAAGGUUGUCCAACCUGCAGGGCCUCAGGGAAGCCAGCGACGAACUUGUGUCAGCCAUCAGGAGACAUGAUACUCAGAACAGCAGAAGCUCUUCCUUGGAUCUAGACGUGAAAAGAGGCGUUCUCGAGUCUCGUCUUAUCGCUUACCAGGAAGACCGCGAGGCCAUAUUCAUUCAACCAUCGCUCAUUGCAGAAUUGGCCGAGCCAGAUCCAGCUGAUUUGGGAUUGGUUCGUGAGGAUCUAGAUAUAUUGCAGGUCCUCGGAAAUGCCAAUCUCGCGAGUGCCCUGAACUUGCUUCACCGCAUUCGAGCUGGUGAUGAAGAAGAUGUUCUCUCAUCCCUGGAAAGACUUGACGACUAUUUCGAUGAACUCUUUGCCCCUUUCGGGAAGGAGAGCCAAAACGUUCGCCAAGCUCUUAAUCUUCGCACAAGUGUCUUCAUCAACAAGCUUGGUCCUGUUACUGGGAAAACAGAGCCAUACCCAGUUAUUGCAGAAGUAUUUUGUAAAGCUGGUGAUGCCGAGCACCCAGAAGAUUACGACAGUCUUUUCGAGCAGGGCCCAUUCAAGCCACUUGGAAUGGUGCAUGGGGAAGAUACCGAUACGCUAUGCAUUGAGAGGAUCCAAGAAAUCCUUCAACUACUAGAGGAUGAACGUAAGAGACCAGGCAGUCUAGCUCGUGCAUAUCCCACGGGGGAGAUACUACAAGGAGUUGAAGAUUGGAUCUGGGAAGUAUACCAAGCAAACAAAAACGAGCUCAGCGACCAGAAAGCAGAAGCACAGCGGGCCUCAGCCUCUCGUGACAUUUUCCAUGAUGCAGAGGAACGACCUGGGGCAGAGGAUACACAAUCCACAACGGAGUCCCAACCCAUUAUACGCCUAGAAGAGAGCCAGCCGAGGGGGCUCAGUCUCUCCAAGUUCUCAAUGACACGUCGCAACCGGUUGAACGGCCAGAGGAAACUCAGCCAAGCCCACUCUCGAAACACAACGAUACCUCCAUCUAACCAGCAACAAGAGGCUGCAUCCCAAACCCCUCCUGAAGACUACGAUAACGAUAAUGAGGCCAUUCUCGGACCGCCGCCGCCAAGUAACGGUAGUAUCGCGGUCGGCGAACCGCCAGUCUCUGCCAAUACAGAUGCUCAGAGCGAAGGAGAGCCCGAGGAAGAGAGUGAUGACGAUGACCCUUUCGAGAAGGACUCUAGACCUGCCAAGGACAAGGAUAGGGUGGUAAUUCACAGUAUCGGUCCAAGGCAGGCCAGGACGUCAAAAGCAGCACAACUCAUGCCCCCUCCUCCACGUCCCAGUGCUCCGCGGCCCACGCCGACCUCAACUGCCCAGCCAGGAUCCUCGCCAUCUGAACCGCCACCCUCCAGCCUUCGAAGCGUCUCCACCACCAGCCAUGGGAGUUCCGGCUUCCAUCCAUCUUCCAGCUUCAAGUCCAGGCAACCGUGGUCAAGCAAUGACACCAACCUCCUGAUAAACCUGAUUCACGUUAAGCAAGCCAAAUGGACAAAGAUUGAGGAUGAGAAUGACCGCUUCGAGCACCCCCGCAACCAGCAGGCAUACCGCGACAAGGCCCGCAACCUCAAGGUCGAGUACCUCCUCUCCGACCGCGUGCUUCCGCCAUCUUUCAACCUGGUCGCUCUGAGCAAGAAGGAGAUUGAUCGGCUGAUUAGCUUCGGCAAGAAUCCCUACCGCAAGGAAGAUGAUUUAGACGACGACGGAAACCCGAUAGGCACUGAGUAUGCCAGACCUGGCGAGUUUCCGUAG